AGUAAAAGAAAAGACCUUCCUCAGGAUACGAGCAGGCGACGAAAUCGUAGCGGUGAAUGGAAUCUGCGUCAAAGGCGAACGGAAGUCAGCUGUAGCGCAGCUGAUUCAGUGCAGCACAAAUCCGGUCAAGGUUUGCGCUUUCGAUGACGGUGCACAGAUCACGAUCAACAAAUUGGAGACAGACUCAUCCAAAGGGAAAACGCUGGAUAUCGUGAUGAAGAAAAUCAAACACAAGAUGGUGGAAUUCAUGGAUGCCGACUCCGCAGAUGCUCUGGGCCUUUCACGAGCCAUACUUUGUAAUGAUCCACUAUUAAAGAAGAUGAAGCGCCCAUCUGAAUGUCUGGAAUUUCAGGUGCUGGAAAACAACACACAACUUUACCGAAAUCUCAUAAGCUUCUUCAGUGAUCUCUUCUACUUUCAGGAAAAAAUUAGUCACUAUCAAAAAGAGUUUGGUGACGUAUUUUGCGAACUUGCCGCCCACGAAGCACAUGCAAAUGCUAAUGAAGCUUUUACAGUCUUCGGCGAAGCACAUAGACAACUCAGUAGAAAACAGAGCGAAACCCUAAAAAAUUUACGACCUCUCAUCGCUGAUCUCAUGACUUACGUCGACAAAGUGAUUCCAGAUACGCAAUUGACUUUGAAAAAGUAUCUCGACGUGAAAUAUGAAUACUUGUCUUACUGUCUAAAACUCAAGGAAAUGGAUGAUGAAGAAUUGGAAUACCAUUCUCUAAACGAAGGCCUAUAUCGCGUCGAGACUGGCAACUAUGAAUAUAGGUGAAA